UUACUAUUUACAUUAACUCAACUUUUUAAAAAAAUAAAUUUCAUUGAUUUCUUUCAAUCUUCUUUCGAUGUUUCUUUGGUGCAAAAUAACUUCUCACAGAUUUUUCAUCCUUCUAAAGCAAAUUCAAUGAAAAGUGUUAUGAGCGCUAAUCAUAUUAUAAAACGCUUCAUGUCGAGUAUUUUCCUAGAAUACGGCAUGAGAAAUAUUGCAAAAGCGGAUUCUAAUUCUAUUACCUCUCGCGGUCUUUUUAUUUUAAAUCAUCAAAUACGAUUGAUCAUUACAGAUUUGUCCAUUUGGUUUUAUGACAAAUACUUUUCUUCAACAUAUUUAAGUUAUUCCAUGGUUUUUACAUCUCUCUAUAUCGUUUCGUAUAACAUUCAAAGUUUUUCAGCUGAAGCAAAAACUGCAUUACAGUGUCCUUAUUUACACGGACAAUUUUUGUCAACUUUUUUAUCAUUUGCUCACCUUUUGUGUCAUCAAUUAAAUUCAAAAAACUCAUUAAUAAGUCAGUGUGUGGUACGAGUUGGACAAUACUCAAAAGGUAACCCAAAAGAUUAUUUAAAUUGUGCCCAAAAAAAUUUCGAAAAAUUGAUUGAUACCCUCAAUUCGUCGGUAAAACAAAAAAAAAAUAUAAUGGCAUUAAAUACUUUGAGCAGUACUUACACUCAUGGAGAUUGUCCUUCAUGGCAAACUGAUGAAACAAUUAUUAGUCUAAAGGCUAUUCAUAAUCAAUUUGUGUCUUGUUUUUCAGCAUUUCACGACUCUCCUUUAAGAUUUUUUAAUAGUAAUUUACAUUUAUUAAUUGUAUCAUUAUGGGAAACGUGUGUAAACGUAUCAAUUUCGUCUUUACAAAACUAUCAAGUAUUAUCUUCUCAUAAAUGUGUAUCUUUACUGAAUGACAUUUAUUCACCUACCGAACUUAAAGAUACCCAACACCAUUGUCAUACUGAAAACGAAAUAGUUGAUAACGCAAAGGUGGACACGGAAAAGGUUAGCAACAAGCCACAAGCAUGUAAUCCAAUAGUUGGUAUAACUCUUUCAAUAUCAGCUGUUAUUUGUUCUUUAAUGAAUGUUUCAAUUGAUUUGAACAUUGAUGAAAAUGUGGUUCAAAGUUCACGUUAUGUCCGUUCAGUAUUAGAAUCUUUGAAAUUUAUAAAACGACUCAAUGGAACUUAUAAACUGCAGGUUGAAGCGUUUCAACAAUUUCUAUUACAAUCCGAUAGAAUCUUUAAAAUUUACUCUAACUGGCUUCUAUUACUUUCCCAAUAUUCUUAUAACAGCAGCUGUUUCUUUCACCAUCUUUCCAUGUUAUUAGUCUACGUAAAAUGUUUUACUGGAUUUUCCGAUACUCAUCAAUUUAACGAAAGUACCGAUCGUUUGAUCAAGGAUAUGAGUAUACAUAUGUCUGAUAUUUUAAGUCAAUUCUUUUUUCACGAACGAACCCCAAAAACCCACCCAAUAAUUUACUCGGCCAGCAGCGACGUUCAAAAAGUAGUAUUUUAUAUCUGGAAUACUCUAAAUUUUUUAGUCUUAGAUAAAAACAAUUAUUCUCAAAAACAUAUGUCUGUAUGGUCGCCUUUAAUCACUACGUUAAAUAUGAAACAACUAUCUAGCGAUGUUGUCAUGUGUAUAAAUGAUACAUUAGCGUAUUAUAAAAUAUCCUCUCAAAAAUUAAAGCCAUCCAUUUUCAUUGAAAAUGUUUAA